AUGAACAUGGAGCAACAUAUGCUGUGCACAAAAGCGCUUUCAUUAAUAAUGAAAAAGAUGGCCUCAUUAGACUUCCCAGCAUACGGCAGUAUAUACUUUGCAGAUGCACCUCUACACCCGGACGCAAAGAUUCCCUUUGAGCAGGGCUUUUGCGUGGGACCGCAUUGCAGUCCGGUUUUUUGGAACCGGAAUCCUGGGGUAAAUGAACAUUAUGGUGGUCCAAGUCCCAAUUGCGGACCUUGGAGAGAUCUCACGAGCUAUUGUCGAGGCUUGAUUGAUACCGGUUUCUCUCGUUUGCCCAAAGAAGCAAAAGCAGCAAGUAGUCGCGAGUCUCUGCCCCAUCAAGGGUCAAUUCAAGACCAUAUCCGUCUAUUGAAAAUCACCCAAGAGGUGAUGAAAAAAUUGGCCGAAGAUAAACGCAUUGCAGAUGCUGCUACACCAGUACUUCUUCACCCAGACUUCCACAAGAGAAAUAUUUACGUCUCACCCGACGACCCAACCGUGAUUACUGGCCUGAUAGAUUGGCAAUCAACAAGUAUCGAGCCCGCGUUGACAUAUGCUCAUGAGACACCUGAUUUUGCCGCAGUCCCGGCCAUUCCCGAGGAAGAUCCAUCCGAUAAUGAACAAGAUGAUCCAGAAGUCUCUAAACAGAAAGAACAAGAACUGAAAGAUGCAUCCAUCUGCCAUCAGACAUAUGAUGUGGUCAUGACAGCACUUAUUCCUAAGCUCCGUCCUGCAAGAUUACUUGACCCGACAUUUUUCCGACUCUUUCACUACACCCAUACAACAUGGAGAGACUCUGCUGCCGCUAUCCGCCAAGAUUUAAUUGAGCUUUCGGCUAGCUGGCAAGAACUGGGACUAGAGGGCUCAUGUCCAUAUUCUCCCACAGAAGAGGAAUUGAAGCAGCAUGCUCGAGACUAUGAAGAUUUCGAGGCCGUUCAAGCACUCAAGUCAUGGCUAAGGAACACCCUUGAUACUAAUUCUGAUGGAUGGAUUCCGAAUGAUGCAUGGGAUGCUGCGAGUACUACCCAUCGCGCAGCAUAUGAUGAAUGGAUACAGACUGCCAAAGAAGCCGAGGCUCGUGGCGAAGACAUGACAGUAGCAAAGGCGGAUAAGAUGUGGCCAUUUGAUGCUAGAUAG